UUGAACGGCUAUCCUACAGGCUACAUGUCGUCUACUUCCCCUGGUGGAACCAGGGCCUUCCAUGGUGCUAAUAAUGCAGCAGCGUCUUCACAGUCGUUGGACAUAUACCAGGGCGGAGGCGCACCUGACAUGACUACUUACCUGCAGCCAGGAAGCCCACAGCCGCUACACCAGCUGCACAUGAAGGUAGCCUGUGCACACGUACACGACGUUAAUCACUGUCGCCAAUAUUUUAAGGCUGCUCCUUUACUGACCGCUGCGUACAACGGCUAUCAGUAA